AAAGUGAUGCUUAAUGGAAGCAUGAAUUCAGAUCAGUGUGAUGAGGUGCAGGCGGCAGCUCUGAGGGAGCUAACAGAUGACAUCAGUGCUCCGCAAAGAAGCAGCAGUGAAAAUGUUAACUCGUCCUGUGAAGAUUGUCAGGAUUAUUUUGUGGGUGGCUGUACUGCCCAUGAACCACCAGUGUUUGUCACUGACACGCCUGUUGGGAUUGAUACCCCUUUGAGAGCAUUUUACAGCAUUCCUCAUGGACUUGCAGUGGGACCAUCAGGGAAUCGCGAUGGAGGGCUUGGCGUGUGGUGUACAGCAAAGGCCAUUCCUAAAGGUGUGAUAUUUGGACCAUAUGAAGGCCAGAUUGCUGUUGAACAAGGUUCUAUUGAAAAGCUGUAUUCCCAGAUGGUGCAGGAGAGGAAUUUGUCCAAACCAGGGACCUUUGAUGAAUCUAAAUGCAACUGGAUGAGGUUUGUGAAUCUUGCUAAAACGCCAGAAGAGACAAAUCUGAUCCUUUCCCAGUUUAGUGGAAAGCUCUAUUACAGAGUGUGUCGCUCAAUUGAACCAGCACAUGAACUGUUUAUUUGGCACGGGGAUGAAGAAGUAAACAGACCUUGGCAUAAAAGCAGACCAGCUGGAGAGAAACUUAGCAAUAUUUCUGCAUACAACAACAUAGAGUCGCCCCAGGCAUGUUCAGCGCAUCAGAAACAAAGAAUAAAAACUGAGGAAGAGCCAGACCCAACUGAAGAUGAGCCGCGCUGUGGGAAUGCUACAGAUAUUCAAUCACCCCAUAACUUUGACCAAAUGAAGACACCCCUGGGAGGUAGGAAAUCACUUCAUCGUUUUAAAUGA